AUGCAAUCAUCAUUGUCCAGUUUAAUAGCUAUAAUGAAUUCAGUUAUAUAUUAUUUGUAUGAAAUUGGUGGUCCAGUUUUAAUGGUUAUUGGUACUGUUGGUUGUACGAUCAAUCUAAUUGUUUUUUCACAAAAAUCUCUUCGAAAAAAUCCAUGUUCAAUCUAUUUUAUUGCAUUUAAUAUUGCAAAUUUUUUCUAUAUAUACUCGUCAUUAUUAGCUUUAAUACUUAGUGCAGGAUAUAAUGUUAAUCCAAGUGUAUACAAUUUAAUUAUUUGUCGUUUACGUUUAUAUGCAUCACUAUUAUUUGAUUGUUUAAGUGCAUUUUAUUUAAUUUUAGCUUCUAUUGAUCGAGUUUUUAUUACUUCUCGGAAUGUUCGUUAUGCUUAUAAAGUUGUUAUUAUUGGAACAUUAUUUUGGAUUGUGUUUCAUAGUCAUGUAUUGAUUUUCUCGGAUAUUAUACAAAUUCAUUAUAAUUAUUUUCUUUGUUAUUAUCAGCUGGGUGAUUAUCUUAGUUUCAUAGGUUAUUAUUCAAUUAUAAAAGAAAUUACAACACUUUUAUUAUUGACAAUAUAUGGAUUAUGGUCGAUGGCAAACAUUCGAAAUACAUGUUGUAGUGUUGUACUCGCAAAUCCAAAAUCUAAUUCGCCAAAGGAUCGACAAUUUAGCUUUAUGUUAUUUAUAAAUGUUAUUAUUCAUGGUUUAUUUAGUCUCGUAUUUGCGAUCUUUCUUAUAUACCAACAAAUAACACAAAAUCAAGUGAAAAGUAUUGAACAACAACAGAUUGAAGUUAUUAUUAGAAAUCUAUGUCUAUUUAAUACUAAUAUUUCAGUUUGUAUCAGUUGUUAUACAAAUUUACUUGUAUCAAAAAAAUUUCGAAAUGAAGCGAAAAAAAUUCGUUUAUGUAAAUGA